AGACGAGUAGGUGUUUCUAGACCAAUUAUUUUGAAAUAUCAGGGUUUUCUUCAAGUGGCAAAUUCAUCACACCCCUGAGAGCAAGGUAUAAAAGUGAUGUUAUUCUCUCUAUUAUUUUUUCCCCUUGCUCUUUACUUCUUUUUCGUUGUAGUUUAGCAUUGGUACCAUAAUGAUAUUGCUUGCACUGUUUAUUUAAUUCUAUUUACAGUGAGUUCAUGACAGAAUACUCUCAGUGAAAAUCAUUGUGUAGCUGCAAAUGCAAAAGAUACAAGGACCUGCAAUGUCCUAACAGCUGAAAUAAAAAUCAGAAAACCAGAUCCAGAUUCUUGUUAACAUUUAUAACUUCAAUGCUCAGAAUUUCAAUUUCACCACCAGGGGGCUCUCAAUCAAAACUACAACAGAAGAUGACAAGUAGAGACACUUUGUUCAGCUCUGCCCAUCUCUGCUGCUUACUUCUUGUUUUGAACUGAGGAGCCAUAAUAAUGGGAGGGAAAAGCUUCCAGUCCGAACAUUUCUAGUUGGUGUGAGCUACAUGCAAAGUAUUCUGGGACUGCUCCAAGCAUUAACAGGAAGGUAACUUUUAACAGCUUUUCUACUCCAUUAAGAGAAAUUCAACCGUAAAACUAAAACAGUGCUUUACUGAAGGACAGUAACACCUCAUGGAGUGCAGUUUCCUAUCCGAUAUGUGGCUUAGAAAUGUCUAGUGGGGCCACACUGUUAAGGGGGUUUGGAAGUAGGGGGGAUGGAGUGCAUUACAGGGGUUGCCUGGCCUACAUAACUUGAAACUGAUGCCAGAGGAUUACCAUGGUCUGUAACAAGUAUGCAGCAAAACAUGAAUGAGGUACAACAACAGAGCAGCAGCUUCUAGUAGUAGUUCACCCUUCCUUAUGUAACAGUCUUUGACGCAACAUCCAUAAUUUCCACAGCAACAUUUAACAAGUUGUGUCUGCCAAGCUAGGCAUACACUGUGCAAUUUCAAGCCCACUGCAUAACAGUUGUGGUGUAGCAUCAACUCAUACUGCGUAACUGAAUUGCUAAGGAUUAGUAAGUCGUAUCUAGUCAUAUCCCCCUCUCUUUCUUGUGCUCUAUCUUUCUUUAUAUAGAUCUCUAUUCAUCAUCGGCAUCCGUGUCAGCUGGAGGUCCACGGGUGUCGUGUGGCUGGGGGGCUCAGCAGGAUGGAAAUAGAUGCCCGUUUUCGUUACUAUUUCCAGCACCCGUGGUCGCGUCUCAUUGUGGCCUACCUCGUCACCUUCUUCAACUUCCUCAUCUUUGCCGAGGACCCCGUCUCUCACAGUCAGACGGAGGCCCACAUGAUCGUCGUUGGCAACUGCUUCUCCUUCCUGUUCAACAAGUACCCCGGCCUCGGAUGGAACAUCCUGAAAGUAGUGUGCUGGAUCCUCGCCAUUAUCUCUGGCUUGCUAGCUGGGAAGUUUAUAUUCCACCGCCAGCUAUUUGGUCGAUACCUGCGGCUGAAAAUGUUCCGCGAGGAUCACGGCUCCUGGAUGACCAUGUUCUUCAGCACCAUCCUCUUCCUCUUCAUCUUCUCACACAUCUACAACCUUUUCCUGCUGAUCGCUGGAAGCAUGGAGCCUCACAUGGUGACAGAGUACAUGGGCAUCAGAAACGAGAGCUUUAUGAAGAUUGCUGCAGUGGGAACCUGGAUGGGAGACUUCGUCACCGCUUGGAUGGUGACAGACAUGAUGCUCCAGGAUCAGCACUACCCAGACUGGGGCAAAGCAGCCAGGAGGUUCUGGAAGCAAGGCAACAACAGGAUCGUCCUCUUCUGGACGGUGCUCAUCUCUCUGACGUCGGUUGUGGUUCUGGUCAUCAGCACAGACUGGAUCAGCUGGGACAAUCUGAACCGCGGCUUCCUGCCCAGUGACGAGGUCUCCCGAGCCUUCCUGGCCUCCUUCAUUCUAGUCUUCGACCUUCUCAUUGUCAUGCAGGACUGGGAGUUCCCUCACUUCAUGGGUGACCUGGAUAUGAAUCUACCAGGAAUGUCGACUACGCACGUGAAGGUCAAGCUGCCUGUCUGCAAGCGGAUCUUUAAAGAGGAGUACCACAUCCAUAUCACAGGUAAAUGGUUCAACUAUGGCAUCAUCUUCCUCGUGCUCAUUUUGGACCUCAACAUGUGGAAGAAUCAAAUCUUCUACAAGCCCUACGAGUAUGGUCAGUAUGUCGGGCCAGGUGAGAAGAUCUUCACUGUGGAGGAGCCAGAAACACUCAGUGAGUUCAACCACAGCACGCUCACCUACGAGUGGCGCUCCACCAACAUCGACCCCCGCACCAACCUAACCUACGUGGAGCAGGACAUGUUCCUUCACAGCCGCUACGUCGGAGCAAGCCUGGAUGUCAAAUGCCUGGCCUUCAUCCCGAGCCUGGCUGCAUUCGUCCUCUUCGGCUUCUUCAUCUGGUUGUUCGGGCGAUUUCAGGACAGCGAGACCUUCACAGAAAACCCAGACAAGUCAUACGAGAGGAUUAAGAGGAAGUCACCGUCUGAGUACAGCAAGGAGAUGGGGGUGACACCUGAAGAGCUGCAUGUGACAAUGAGUGAAAGCCUGAAACGAUCAGGAACUCCCAUGCUUCUCUCGGUGGAUGGGCCACACUUUGGAGCGACGCCUUCGACAAACUCGACUAUUUCUAUGGAAACCCAAGAGACACACCCAAGCAUUGUGAUCGACAGCGCUCCGCAGGAGGAACCAGCUGUCUCUUUUGAUGUCCACAAGCUCUCACCUUGACCCAAAUGAACUUCUGAAACCAAAAAAACUGCAGAUAAUUUGAAAACUUCUCACAUUGUGAAAACGAAUGAUGAGAUUCUACGCAAAGGAUGAGGUGAUUUUACAAAAUCCUCAAGCCAGUCCUGAUGGCUUUUACAGAUAUAUAUAUAUUUUUGUAAAACAAUCUUUCCAAAAAGCCUCUUAGGCGGCACCAAUUCUAAUAACAAACAUCUUUUAAAGCAGAAUGCAAACUUGUAACUGACAUGGUGCUCGCUUGGAUUUUGCAUUUUCAUAACUCAAUUUUUUCAAGGUAAAAUCUCAAACUUUGGUGCCUAUAUAGAGGAAUUUUUCUACAGUGGUGACACUGAAACAAGUGGAUUUAAUUGUACCAAACCAGUGUUAUACUUACAUGAGUGCCUUUAUUUUUCAUACAGACCUGUCUAUUCUUCUAGGCAACAAAAUGGAAGAUGUCCUAGUCAUUAUUUAUUUUAUUAAUGUCUUAUAAAUGCUCUCAUAUCAUGCAGACAAUUGUUACCUCAUUUGAUCCUCAGACUUAAUGAAUUUUGAUUUAUUCUCUAGUUUUGAUUUUUAAUGCAUAACCCUACUCUUUGAAGCGCCAUAAUUUAAACAUCACUGUACGCUGAUGACCCAUUCAUAUCUGUGCUCUGUAUAAUAGCUGCAGAGAUAAUAAAUUACAUCAGCAGAGUUCAAAUAGCAAACCAACAAGCCACCUCAUGAUUGCUUAUGUGGCUGCUGCACCUGGACUGAAUAGCAAACUGAAUCCAAGAAGGUUGGUUUUGCCCUUGGCAUAAACAUACCAUUGAAGUGCAGGGGAGGCUCCUGCUCCAAAGCUCAGGGCUCCUUUAUGUUGAGAUAAACCUUAAAGUUUCAGAAGCAGUUUUGAAGUCAUGGUAAAUGCAUGAAAAAGAAAUAUUUAUUUAUUUAAAAGUUUAUCCUACUGUUAAAAGAAACAUGAUUUCGGAUGCAACUGAAACCUGCAGCAUUUAUCUUUCCGCUGGCUUUGAAAGUUUUCACUGCCCUUUUUACAUAUUUUUAUAUGCUUGACAGUUUCUUCAAAAACAUAUAUCUGGAGUUUUUGGUCUGAACUUAGAUGCCCAGCAGUUUUUUAUUUAUUUUGCUUGCUUGUUUUUGUGGAGUGCAGAUACUAACUUUAAUAAGUCAGCAUCAAUAACACUAUUGCUUAUUAAGUUUGUCAUAUAGCAGUGAGUACUUUGCAGAGAAAUUUGACCAAAGAUACUAAAUAUUUCUUUUUUCAACACACAUUGCUGCUUUAAAUAGAAUGCUAUCUAAUUUUGUCACAAAUUAUACUAUAUUAUCUUGCAAUAAUCUGCAUUAUAAUGUACAAUAAUGACCUACCCAGAUACUUUAAAUACUCCCCUCAACCCCAAAAAAGAAACCCUCAAAAUAAGGGUGUUUAUGCUCCCUGACACCUCAGUCCUAACCCCAUUUAUAUUUCCAGUAAUGUUGCACCCUGUUUAGUGUUGAGGUAUGAUACAUUAAUGAAUCAGUUAACUUAUAAAAGCUAUUUAAAGGACUGAUUUACAUAUCAAGCAUUUAUAUUUAUAUGCUGAAGUAAAUUAAUCAUUCAAAGAUAAUAGCGUGACCAUAAAUGUUGCACAUCUUUUAAAAUUAACUGACCUUAUAUAUUCAAAAAGGACGGUUCAAAUUGCUUCUAUGAUUUUGUUCCCUUAUAUGUCUGUCUUUUAUAUUUAAACUACUAUAUAUACUUAUAUUUGACUUAUUUCAAAAUGGUUUUCAUGCAAAGGCCUGUUUCUUUCCCAUCUCAAAAAAAUUAAUUAGAAUGGAAAGAGUUCAUGCUUUGCUGUAACUUAAUUAAAAAGGGAAACUUCUGUAUAUUCUGGAUUAGUCUUGUUCAAAUUGAAAUAUUUAAAGACGUUUUUUGUUUUAACCUCGAUCAUUACAGCCUACAGCUCAUGAAUAUCAAAAAUCCACUAUUUGAAAAGUCUAUUUUUUUAUGUCAGAUAUUUCUCUCACUCUCGUUCAGUACACACAACCACAAUCAUGGGGAAGACUGCUGACUUGACAAAUGUCCAGAAGACAAUGAAUGUUAUCUUCCACAAGGAGGGUAAGCCACAGAAGGUCACUGCUGUAAGGGCAGGCUGUUCUUUUUUGCUGUAUCAGAGUAUAUUCAUGGAAAUUUGCUUAGAAGGGAAAAGUUUCUGAAGAAAAGUGUACAAGCAACAGGGAUGGGUGUAGCCUUCAGAGGGUUGUUAAACAAAGCAGAUUCAACAACUUUACAGAACUUCAAAAGGAGUGGACUGAGACUGGAGUCAGUGUAUCAAGAGCCUGUACUAUAAGCCAUCUACCAGGAGAUUUUAGAGCACUUCAUGCUUCCAUCUGCUGAGAAAUUUAUGGAGAUAGUGAUUUCAUUUCCCAGCAGGACUUGGCACCUGCCCACAAUUAAGACAACACUACCAGGAAUUGGUUUGCUGACCAUGGUGUUACUGUGUUUGAUUGGCCAGCCAACUGGCCUGACCUGAACCCCAUAGAGCAGUGAUACUCAACCCGCGGCUCUCGAGCCACAUG